CAAAACUCGAAACACUAAUUUCGUUUUGAAAUGGCGGACGUAUAGGGGAGUGUCUUCGAAAAAUUGUGAUUCUGGUUAAUUUAUACGAUAAAAGAUUGCAUCAAAAAUCUACAUUCCAACUAAAGACUGAUUAUUAUAUUACAAAAAGUGGAUAAAAAUGGCGUGGCGCUUCAAAGCUUCGAAAUACAAAAACGCGGCACCCAUCGUACCGAAGCCCGAAGCAUGUAUCCGAGAUAUAUGUGUUGGAUCAUACCAAACGUACGGGAACAACAUAUGUGCUUCGGCUGCGUUCAUGGCUUUUAACUGGGAGCAUGUAGGGUCAAGUUUGGCCGUUCUUCCAUUGGAUGAUUGCGGAAGGAAGAGUAAGAUUAUGCCGCUGCUCCAUGCUCACUCGGACACGGUGACUGAUAUGGAGUUUUCUCCAUUCCACGAUGGACUUUUGUUGACUGGGUCACAGGAUUCCCUGGUGAAAGUGUGGCACAUCCCGCAAGAGGGACUCAAGGAGUCCCUGUCGACGCCCGAGUGCACCCUGUCCCAGAAACAGAGGCGCGUGGAAAACGUUGGUUUUCACCCGGUCGCCGACGGGCUCAUACACGUGGCGUCGGGACACGAACUUGCUCUGUGGGACUUGACCAAACAGAAAGAGGCCUUUGUAAACAGGGAUCAUGGCGAAGUAAUCCAAUCAACAUCUUGGAAGAAGGACGGUCGGUUGCUAGCGACCUCGUGCAAGGACAAGAAGGUCCGCAUUCUGGACCCCAGGGCUCCCAGUGUGGUGGUGGACGUGGCUAACAGUCAUCAGAAUAUUAAAGACAGCAGGAUCGUCUGGUUGGGUGAUCAGGACAAGAUUUUGACUACAGGAUUCGACGCGGCCCGUCUCCGCCAGAUCAUGAUCCGGGACGUGCGCAACCUGUCCCAGCCGCAGAAGACUUUGGACCUGGACUGUUCCACUGGCACCCUGAUGCCAUUGUUCGACGCUGAUACCAACAUGCUGUUCUUGGCCGGCAAAGGGGACACCACAAUACUGUACAUGGAGGUGGUGGAUCGGGAGCCCUACCUAAUUGAAGGUCUUCGACAUUCAGGUGAACAGACUAAAGGCGCGUGUUUGGUGCCAAAACGGGCUCUUCGCGUAAUGGAGGCUGAAGUGAACCGCGUAUUGCAGUUGACCGGCUCGUCUGUUGUGCCUAUCAUGUACCAAGUGCCAAGGAAGAGCUACCGCGACUACCACGCGGAUUUGUACCCGGACACCAGUGGGUCGGUGACCUACCUGUCUGCGCCCAUGUGGCUCCAGAACCAGGACCACCCCGUGCCCAACAUAUCAAUGCACCCCGACGCAAAUAACUCUGCACAGGUACACCGUGGCAAUUUGGAAGAAGUCGUAAAAGCGAUACUAGCUAUGCCUCCACUCAAGAAAGGCGAUACGAAAAAGGUUGUAACGCCAUCGGCAGCUGUCGAAGACUCGACGAAACCAACACCAAAACCAACGGUACCCGAAACCAAAGACGAAGACCGUAUAGAUUUCGUCAACGUGAAAGAUUUGAUAAAAGGCAUGGAACGCGGCAAGAUAGACACCAAGGAAACCAACGGGUUUCACAAGAAAAUAACUGAUAACGGCCACGAUUACGCCGAUAAGAAAAUACAAGAUGCCGAGCCCCAGAUCGUGGAGAAUAUCGAGAAAUCUGACGAGUCGCCGGAACAUGUUGCGAAACCGGACAAAAUUGUCGAGAAACCGGACACAAAUGUUGAGAAACCGGGCAAAAUUGACGAGAAACCCGAUGUGAUGGCCGAGAAAAAGGACAAAUCGUUUGAGAAAUCCGACAGCGCGGAGUCUAACGAGUCUUCUCUGUCUAGAAGUAACAGUUACAUAAACGGAGUGCCUGCGCAGGCGCCGAAGCCCCUGCCGAGGUCUUCGAUUUCGGAGCCAGGCUCCGGCGAAGACCAUCACGAGGCCCCAAAACCUAAACCUAGGACUACGGCUGUGCCUAUAUCUGGCUAUAAGCCUCGUCUGGGCCCCAAGCCCUUUUCAACGUCGUCCGGGAGCGACGAGUUUUCAUUCGACAAAGUUUUCUCAGUGCCAGCCGUGCCGGGCUUGACCAAAUCUGAAUCUGCUACGUCACCUAUAGCGGGUGCUGCAACUACCCCCGUUACGUCGACCCCCGUCGCCAAAGAGGCUGAGGAGAAGGAGAAGUCUUUAUCUCCUACCAGUGACGUAGAAGCUCCUAACAAAGAGGAAUACACAAACGGCAAGUCUGAUACGAGCCUGGAAGAAGACGUGAACUCCUCGGACUCUGGUUACAGACCGAAGACUCCCAGUACAGCGGAGAGGAGGAAGAUGUUCGAGACUACCGACGUCGCGAACCAGUCUAUAGCGGAGCGGCGCCGCGCCUACGAGAGUCGGUCCGUGAGCGUUGCCGUGGAGUCCGACACGCCGCCCUCGCCCGCCGUCUUGAGGCGCCGGGAUUCGCUCAAGUCCCGUAAGAGUCCCGACCGCGAUGACAAACGCUCUUCGGUGCCCAAUGUCACUACUAAAAGAACAUCAACUGUAUUUGGCAAAGUGUCCAAGUUCCGUCAUUUGAAAGGAACGCCCGGACACAAGUCCACUCACGUGGAGAACAUCAAAAACAUCAGUAGACAGGUCUCCGGGGAGUGCAACGGGUUCUAUGCGAACGGCGUCCGCUGCGCAGUUCCCCUGAGCGGGGGCGGAGGCCGAGUGGGCGUGGUGGAGCUCCCGGUGGGUGCCACGCCCGCGGCCGCCGCCACGGUGGCGCCGCACGGCGGAGGCCUGCAGCCCUACGCGCUCCUGCACCCCGCCCCGUUGCAGGACUGGGCCUGGGACCCCUUUGAUGAUAACAGAUUGAUGGUAGCGUGUGAUGAUGGACAAAUUCGCGAAUGGAUCAUUCCCGAUGGUGGUCUUCAAGAAUCCACGAACACGCCGAAACGCACAUUCGCCGCGCAUCCCGACAAAAUCUACCUCAUCCGUUUCCACCCCACCGCGUCGGAUCUGCUCACUAGCGCCGCGCACGACCUCACCGUCAAACUGUGGGAUCUGAGCUGCGACCCGCCCAAACCUGAGAUCGUACUCAACGGACAUACGGAUCAGAUAUUCGCCAUGGAUUGGUCUUCCUGCGGAGAAUAUUUGGCUACGAUCUGUAAAGAUGGUUUGAUUAGGACGUACGACCCCAGAGCUUCCCCGGACCCCGUGCGCUCGGGCCCGGGGCCCGCGGGCAGCCGCGGCGCGCGCAUCGUGUGGGCGCUGCGGGACACGCACCUCGUCGUCACCGGGUUCGACAAAGUAUCAGAGCGUCAGAUCCUACUAUACAAGGCUGACGACCUGUCUGCUCCUCUCUGCACUGUGGGUUUGGAUGUAUCGCCUGCGAUUCUACAGACUCACAUAGACCACGAUUCUGGCACGCUAUUCCUCACUGGCAGGGGUGACUCCACAAUCUACUGUUACGAAGUAACAGCUGAGGCGCCCCACGUGGUCGCUUUGUCGCAUCAUCGCGCCACAACGCUACAUCAAGGCAUCGCGUUUUUGCACAAAAACUUGUUGGCCGUUGAAAAGGUGGAAUUCGCUAGAGCGUUGAGGCUAACAAAUGGCAACAUUGAACCGCUCUCUUUCACCGUGCCCAGAAUAAAGAGCGAGCUUUUCCAAGACGACCUGUUCCCGCCGACGCUGGUGACGUGGCGCGCGUGGCAGCCGGCGCCGCACUGGCUGCGCGCGCGCACCGCGCCCGCGCUGCGCCGCUCGCUGUGCCCGCCCGGCAUGCAGCCGCUAUCAGAACACCAACUUUCGACUCCUGCGCCGGUUAAAGACAAGCCCCAACAGAAACCGAAGCCGGAUCUCAUAAAGUCCCACGUGCCACUGGAAGGUUCUGUCAAGGAGAAACAAGAAAGCAUAAUGAAAUCAAUGAGCGCCAAACUGCAAUUGGACAUGAAGCUAGAGCAGGAUAGCAUGGAGGGAGUGGAGGAGACAGAGUGGGAGCAGUGAGCGACCAAGUGCAAUUUUAAAUGAGUGUAGUUCUAGUUGCGCGCGCUCGGCGGUAGAUGGCGUUGUGAAGAAUUUUCGACGUACUGACAUUUUGAGGCGUAGAUUUUUUUGGUAUACUUACUAAAGUUUUUUCAUUUUAUUUCGUUAUUUAUUUUCCCUCGGGAAUUCAAUAUACAGUA